AUGGACUUUUCAAGUAUCCCGAUCAAUGCUAGGUCACCCACCGUAAUGGGUCAAGCUAGGACGUCCACCGUAAUGGACAAACAAGCUAGGAAGUCCUCCGUAAAGGACAAACGUAAGACCAUCAGGAUUGCCACCCUCAACGUUGGUACUCUGACUGGCCGAGCUGCCGAAGUGGCAGAAAUGCUCAGAGAAAGAAACAUCGACAUCUGCGCAUUACAGGAAACAAAAUGGACCGGCGCCAACGAAAAGAAUUGGUGGAUA